AUGCGUUGUGUGUGUGUGUGUGUGUUGCGUGUAUGCUGUGGUCUGUGCCCUGUGGUACGCUUGGUCCAUACCCUGCGCUGAUUCUGGCUGAUCUCCUACAGCAGAUUGAUACAUAAAUUGUGCCCGGUGAUGUCUUUAACAAACUUGUUACCUGCACCCACCCAAGUGGUGUGGGACAGGGAGGACGAGGCACGUGAACAAAAACUACGCCAAAGACCCGUUUCGGCGUUGGUCAAGGCUGUCGUCACCGCACCUCCCUAUGGACAACGACGAGGAUGGGUGCCACGCAACCCAGAAGACUUUGGGGAUGGAGGAGCUUUUCCCGAGAUUCACGUUGCGCAAUACCCACUUGGAAUGGGGAUGAAGGGCAAGGAAUCAACAAGCAAUGCCUUAGCGGUACAACUCGACGCUCAAGGAAAAGUAAAGUAUGAUCUAAUAGCAAGACAAGGUCAUAGUAAAGAUAAAAUUGUUUAUAGCAAAUUGAGCGAUUUACUCCCAUCAGAAAUUACGAACGAGGAAGAUCCUACUUUGCAACGACCUCUUGAUGACGAAAUUGACGAACUCACGGAUAAGACGAAGAAAGCAUUGGAAAAAAUAACGAGAUCAAAAAUUGCAGCGGCUAUGCCUGUGAGAUGUGCGGAGAAACAGGCUCCUGCUCAAUAUAUACGUUACACACCGUCGCAGCAAGGCCAGUCAUUCAAUUCAGGUGCAAAGCAGCGAGUUAUCAGAAUGGUAGAAGCACAAGUAGAUCCUCUGGAACCACCCAAAUUCAAAAUUAAUAAAAAAAUUCCGCGAGGACCUCCGUCUCCUCCAGCGCCUGUGAUGCAUUCUCCCACGAGAAAAGUGACGGUGAAAGAACAGAAAGAAUGGAAAAUUCCACCGUGCAUAAGCAACUGGAAAAAUGCAAAGGGAUAUACAAUUCCAUUAGACAAACGUCUUGCUGCAGAUGGUCGGGGUUUACAACAAGUUCACAUCAAUGAGAACUUUGCCAAAUUAGCGGAAGCUCUUUAUAUAGCUGAUAGAAAAGCUCGUCAAGCUGUCGAAAUGCGCGCGCAAUUAGAAAAGAAAUUGGCUCAGAAGGAAAAAGAGAAGAAAGAAGAUCACUUGAGGCAACUCGCGCAAAAAGCUCGAGAAGAGCGCGCUGGUUUGAAAUCUGCCGCUACGUUAGAUAAAGCUGAAGAGUCACGUGAAAGAGACCAACUCAGGCAGGAGCGGCACAAAGAUCGCGCUCGCGAACGUAAUUUGGCUCGUGCCGCACCUGACAAGCGCUCUCGUUUGCAACGUGAACGCGAGCGCGACAUUAGCGAACAAAUCGCCCUUGGCUUACCCGCAAAGAGCAUUCCUAGUACGGGAGAGGCACAAUUCGAUCAGCGUCUUUUCAAUACCAGUAAAGGAAUGGACAGCGGUUACGGACACGAUGACGAGUAUAACGUCUAUGACAAGCCGUGGAAAGAUGGCAAUUCUAUCGCUUCACAUAUUUAUCGUCCUAGUAAAAAUAUUGAUAAGGAUACAUACGGGGACGAUUUGGAGAAACUAGUUAAGACGAACAGAUUCGUUCCCGACAAGGAAUUUAGUGGAGUUGAUAGAUCAGUUCCGCGAUCGGGACCAGUACAGUUUGAGAAAGAAGAAGAAGAUCCUUUUGGUCUGGAUCAGUUCUUGAAACAGGCUAAGCGCGCCAGUAGCUCGACCACGACUACAACAAAGCGCAAAGAUGAACGCGAACAGCGUAGAGACGACCGUGAUAAACGUAGGAAGCAUUAAGCAAACUUGAUGCUUUCAUAAAUCAGGCGAAAUUUUCUUAAAAGUUUAUCAUUCUAUGUUAUAACAAGAAUAAAUGAUUAAACGCAUUGAACAUGCGUUUAACACAACGCUUAUGUACUUUUAUUUAUAUGUAAAGACAUGAUACUUUUUAAAUAUAAUGAAUUAUUAAUUAUUGAAAAAAUGUACUAUACACCUCUGCUUUGGAAUUUUAUGUAAAGGAUAGCAGCACAAUUUGUCAAUAUCAUUAUAAUCGUGAAUGGCAUUUUGUUGAGUGUUCUUAUUUUUAAUUUGUGUAAUCUAGAAAAGAAUUUUAUCAGCGCAUAAAUCACAAAAUAUGAAAUAAAAUAAUGAUAUUGCUAUGUCAGUAUACACUUUUUAAUAAAGUAAAAUUUCCGAGAUUGUGGUAGCAUACGUAUGAAAAUUCAGGUUUAUAUCCACAUAUUUUCCCUUUUUAUUUUUAUUUUUUUUACACUCCUUGCUUCAAAGAAAAGUAAACGCGUUUAACAUUUUAAUAAGGAAGUUUCCACAAACUUAAUAUCAAACUGUAAGAGAGACUUUAUAGGUCGCUUUUAUGGACUUUAUGGGCCGAAAUUAUUGCUUUCCUUAUUUUCAUUCAUCUUGGGUUUCAUCGUAGAAUAACGUAGUGUUCCGCGCGUUUUUAAUCAGCAACGAUUUAUUCUCGCUGUAACAUCUAAUAAACUUUUAAAAAAUGUGCAAUGAACGCAAUUAUAUAUAAAUAUAAAAUAUACAUAUAAUUGGAAAGAACAAUUUAUCUUAUAAUUUUUAUUAAAGAAAUUUAAACCUACUUUUUGUAACAUUAAAAUUAACAGGAAAAACAUUUAAAUUAGUGUGAUUUAAAAAAUUCAUAGAUCUGAAUUCUCUCGUAGAAGAAAAUCGCUGAUAUAUACACCAACUUUAUGUGUGUUGUCAAAUAAUAUUUUUUUAAACAAAAGGUCCCAAGUUCGAUCUCUGACUGAGGUGUUAUUUUUCUUAUUAAAUUUAUUACAAAUAUUUCAUAUUUUGUAAUUAAUGUUUUUUCUGGGAUUGGGAAAAGAGUGAGUAGUAAAUUAUAAAAUUGUUUAUCAAUUUAAUGUUAUAUCGCAGAUUUCUGCUCCACGUAAUGAAAUGUGUUUUAAAGACUGACAAAAAAUUCGGCGCGCAGUUCGUAUGAAUUGAAGAUUGUAAUAAUAAAAUUAUUAUAUAUACGCAAACAUCCAGUGUCAGCCCCAGCGAACAAAAAUAAAUGCACAUAAAUUGCAAAUUGCAAUUUA